AUGAAGGACGAGGCAUUGGACGAUAGCAAGUCCGCCAUGCCACGAAGGCAGAUCAAGUGCCAUCAUUGUUCAAAAGUGUUCAACUCCAUUCAUGUGUACCACACCCAUCAGCGCAAGAAACGGAAGAUCACUUGUCAAGAAUGUAACAAGGAAGUGAUAACUUUCGACGAUUUGAAGAAGCAUCUGGCGACCAGCCAUCCCGAGUCGCUUGAGGGUCUUUUCAAGCCGUUGUGGGAAAACGACGAGGACGUGGAGGCCAUGAAGUUCCCCAAGAGUUGCUACAUCUGCGACCGAGUCUACAAUGGACAUGUCAUGUUAAACCGUCACAAAGAGCUCUACCAUGAAUUGGGCGACUUCAGAUGCGAUGAGUGCCAAGCUCCAUGUCUCACUUUCUACGAUUUCGUCAUCCAUAACUACCAGUGCCAUGCCAAGGUCAUCUCACACAUAAGACCAUACACCGGAGGACUGGAAGUCCUUACCCACAAGAAUGGCAAAACUGAAAUGAAACGUGAGAACUACUCUUGUCAGUUUUGCUCUUCUGCUUUCAAAUUUGAUACUGCGCAUACAAGUCAUAUGCGGCGGAAUCACGGUUUCGGCUUAUUCGAGUGUCAUUCCUGCGACGAAAUGGGCCAUUAUGCCGGGGCCAUUUCCGCUCACAUGCUCAACUUUCACGGGGACAACCCGGAGGUCAAGUGUCCGGGUUGUUUUAAGGUUGUGAACUUGAAGGAUCAUCAUGACGGAUUCCUGGAACAUUAUGGGAGUUGUAAACGUGCCUGGACCGCCUCGAAAAACUCGGGCACUUACGAAAAGGGUGUUUUCCAGUGUCAUUAUUGCGGCAAGGAGUAUGCUUCGAAAGUGGUCUUCCGGGCCCACAUCAAACAGCACGAAGGGAUCGAGCGUUUCAAGUGCACCUACUGUGAUUACGGUACGAAUAUUAAAAAAGUCUUGGAGGACCACGAAAAAGGUCAUCUGCGUGAGCGGGGCCUGACUAGUGAAGAAGCAGGCAUGAAACUCUAUUACGAUUGUGACCAAUGCGACAAGAAAUUCGUCCAGGAGUCUGGGCUUCGAUCCCACAAACGGAGAAUUCAUCUUGGCAUUAAGAAAAGCUAUUUGUGCAAAGAUUGUGGCGAGGUGUACCCGAACAUACAAGGCUAUUAUAAGCACAAACGCGAAAAACACGGAUAUGUGGCCAAAAACGUGGGCAGAAAGGGACGACGAUCUCAUGGUCCGAUUUAG